CUUUGUCAUCGCCCAACGAGCAGCUGGAUAAAACUUUUGGGGAGAGCUGCAUAUUUUCAGUUGAUGAAAGAAAAAGCUUUCUUUUUUUCUUUUAAGAUUGUGCGAUUUCGUUUGGUUUUAUAAAAUAUACGUUAGGAAGUAAAUAAACCGAAGCAAUAUACAAGGCAGUAGCAAAAACCCUCUACUGAAAAUUGUAACGGGUGGAUGUGACAUAAAAGUGGCGACACAUAAAACAAAUAUUAAACAACUUAAGCAGUUCAAAUUAAAUAUUGUAGCGAUGGAUAUUUUGGACAUCGAUGAAGCGCUAAAAGAUGAUUCUUUUAUUUGUUUGGAAGAUAAAACACACGAUGACGUUUCGAAUAUUUUGCAGCAAUGGAAAAGCAACAAUUGUCUUCUACCAGCACAGUAUCAACAAGAGCAAGCCUACAAACUCAAUUCAAGAACGUUUACUCGACCCCGCAGGAGGUCAACGCAAAAUCUAGAGCAAAAUUUCUCUCACAGUUCCGGAAACAAUGGCGUACAGACAGUGCUUCCCACACACCAUGAACAGCUGCAACACAAGUUCACAAUCGCAACUCCACAACCCGCAUUAAAUUUAGAAAUAGGUGGUCUUGUUACAACAAUGCAUAAGUCGUUUUUGCAAGACACCUCACCGCCAUCAUCCAUAUGUUCCUCCAUGGAGAUGUCAAUGGAACGCAUGAAUAACUCAUUAAUCACAUCUGCCGACUUCACGAACAUUAACUUCCUACAAUCGACUCAAAGCCUUGACUUCAACGAACCGACACUUAAUGGCAGCGAAUUAUUUAACUUGGCGAAUAAGGCUACCAGUGAUGGUUAUACUUUAAGUGACAUGAUACGCGACCGUAAAGCAUUAGAAUCGUUAACACUGUCGGGUGAUGGCACACUAAUAAAAGAUUCACAUAUUUGCCAGAUCGAUGAUAUAUCGCUCGCUUUUAGUAAAACUGCAUCAGGUUCCAGUACAAUGGAUAAUUCCACUGAGAGCAUGCAAGAGGACAAUCAGCAACAACAACAACGUUACGGUAUAAUAGCAGCACCAAAUGCACACACAGUGGGCGUGUUUGACAACAGUGCGUCGGAAAGCAAAAGCAACAUUAUGCAUCGUACAAUGUUGCUUAGCGAUGAGGUAAUCAGCGAUACAACUUUCCAACUGGUUGAGAGUAGUCUAUGUGAGAACAAUAUUAAUGGUAAUGAUAAUGCAGCACCAGCAAUGCCAACAAAACCAGCUAAUGAAACCUUCAAACGACCCUGGAACAUGGAUGAAACUGUUUGCAUACCGAAUAGAGCAAAUGCAACACACGAAUUCAAACAGUCAACACCAGAUGCUCGUUUAGCUGCGGAAACGCGUUGUGAGACACCGGAAAAUAUGGCGGAAGCUUUAACUUCACGCAAAUUCUACGAAUCAACACCACAUGCUGCGGGUCUGAACGCAGGCGCACAACUAAAUACACCAACAACGUCGAAAUUGUAUGCGGAUGAGGUGAAUCUCUCGCCCAUAGUGCCUGCAACAGAGCAAUUGAAUGCCAAUGCCACGCGUGUGCUGAGUGAAACUUUCGGUCAAGAGUGUGAUGUAAAAAAAGUGAAUACGAAAACAUUUUCCGGCACGUUACCGCGACUUGAGAGUAUCGAACAAAUGCUAGAUGAUUUUGAAAAUCCGAAUGAGACCUACGAAAAACCCGAGACACAAGUGGGACACAAGACUAGCGCAGCCGACAUACAAAUGCAGAAUGUGUUGGAAUUGGCACAUGCCGAAGAGGAGCUUUUGGCUAGCAAUAACGAUCAAGAAUUCGAGGAUAUGCUGGAGGAGUUCAGCAAAGUGGAAGUCAAUGCGGAGCAUGUGAAAAUGAAGAAAUCAUUGGAGACAAUAAAAAGACGUUUUCAUCGCGACAGCACGACUGUAGCAAAAGCGCUAACUUUGCAACAGGCACAUAAAACUGACGAUUCCACUGAUAAGCCAACAGAAAUGCAUACGUACGACGCAUACGAGCAACGGCGCAAUGCGGAUGCAGCUGCUAGCGUCAACAGCGAUUGUACGGCACCUUCUGGCAUAUCGUCACCCUCACCCUCGUCCGCGUCAAUAUCCGUCUCUUCCGCAGCAUCUUCGUUGGCGGCCAGUGGCGUUGGUAAUGUCAGCGGCACAGGCGAACGGUUGCUUAGUCGGCGCAGUCGUCUUUAUGAUAAUAUAAAUCUCUCAACGAUUUCCGCCGGUAGCGGCAAUACGCAAUCGCCAUCACGCUCACUGGGUGCCUCGUUCACCGUACAUAAGCGAGAUGAUAAUGCACAAGAGGAUUGCGCGGCAGCUGACGCAGUAGCAAAACAAGAGACUGAUUAUAAAAAUGAGGUGCAAGAAAAUAAUUUUGGCAAGACUGAAGGCGCAAUUGAAAAUAGCAACACCAUAGCGGUUGCGAAUUAUAACGGUGUGGGCACAUAUAAACUCUCCGAACGUCGGGAGCGUGAUCGUGAUCGCUUCAAAACAAUCAAAAUCGUGAAAGCACGCAAUGCCGGUGAUGACUUAAUAGCAGUGAAUGUGCCUUGUAUUGAUGACGACGUUUCGCUUACUGACGACGGUGGUACGACUGUCUUCAACAACAACAAAUCGGAAAUUGAAACUGAGCAUAAUCUAAAGUUGUGCACGGAUAGCCAAAGCACCCUUACGCGUCCAACCAACGCUUCAAAAAUAAAUCCGAAUUUCCUUACCUACAAAAAGCCGAAAGACAAACUAACAAAUGUUGCUAAUUUGCCGGAAAUAGUUAGCGCGCCUUUAACGGCUGCAACAGCUAACGGUGGCAGUGAGGAGCUUGAAAAUCCACCAGUACCACCUAGCCGGCUACGUUCACGAUCGCGUCCGCGAUAUAUAUCGGGUUUGCAAAAGAUUACUGUUGUGAAAGCAACAUCGGCUGGCGACUUGGAUCGUGCUACAGCACUCGGUAUACGACCACCUACUGCUAGUGUCAGUCAUGCAGCGCUAAAUACCACUCAACACAUCAAUGCAACAGUUGUUGUUGAGCCCGCUAAGUAUAGUCGUAACGCGCAACCUUUAAAAACCACAACAACAGCUGAAGUGAAAAGUCCCAUGGGCACAAAAUCGAAGUCCUUCCACAAUUUAUCGAGCAAUUUCGGUUUUAAUGGCGGCACUGGCUUACCCGGGCCACGCGCUAAUAGUUUCGGUUUGAAGAAACCAACCGCCGAUGAAGGCACUGGCGCUCCCAAUGAUCGCAUUGCAAAUGGUCUGUCGUCGAACUCUACACUUCCUCAGCAGGCCGACGAGUCUGUCUUCAAAGUUCCCAAAUUGGUGUCCGGCCUGCGUGCGCCUGGCGUCAAACGUGCCGGCUUAGUGCGUCCUUCCUCCGCUUACUACAGUCUCAACAGUCUUGCCGUUAAGGGUAUGCCACCACUACCGCAACCGCCGUUAGUGAACGACAUCGACGCGGAUGGCGGUCGACAUUCACCCACCGAUAGCAUGUCUUCAGCUUCGUCACGCGGCAGCAUACAAAAUGGUGGUUUAAUUGUUGGAAAACCCAACAGUACUAAUACUACAGCAACAAAAGCCACUAGUAAUACAACAAAUACAAAUACCUUGAAUCUGACUAAGUUCACCACUGGCUCAAAGGGCAUACCGAAGCCAUCUGGUUUGCGGCCGCCAACGACAACAAACACAAACAUGAAGCGUAGCGGUUUACCGAAACCAGUAACAGGCCUCACACGACGAUAAACUUUACAUAAUUAUAUAUAGCUGUACACAUUAAAUCGACGUAUUAUAUAUAUAUAUAUGUACUAACUACUAAGCGACACAUAUAUACUUACAUAUAUUUAAAAGCGUGUAAAUCAAACGAAAGUAUGUAAAAACAGUUGGCAAUGUUACCACGUAGUUGUUAGAAAAGAAAUGUAAAUCAUAACUGCGGGCAUUGCUGUAAGCUCUCUAAGUUGCCCCGACGUAUAUUAUUUUUAUAUAACUAUUUUUUUUAUUAUAACAUCAAAUCGAUACUUGUACUUUAUGUAUUACGGAGAAGACAAAACGAAACAAGCGAAAACACAAAUGUAAUGAACAAAAAUCAUGUAUUGUAUACAUAAUUAUAAAUUUCUGAGAUACGUCAAAUUCGAAUAUUAGCAAUGCAUAUAAUUAUUUAUUUUCCUAAGAGAAAUUAACUAUUUCAAUUAUAUGUAAAUGCCGUAAAUUAAGUUUAGAGCAAAGAAAAAAAAAAAAAAAACAAAAAACAACAACAUAUGUUUCACAAAUUGCAAAUAACUACAAUUUAACUACAGUGAGAGAAAGUUAGAAAGGAA